AUGAAGAACUCGGUGAAAGGAGGAAUUAAGACCGGAGGAUGUGCGGUUGUUGGUGGGCUGGUUGGUGGACCUCCGGGGUUUGCUGUGGGUGCAGCCAUCGGAGGCAUCUACAGCUGGAAGACCAGUGACGAUUUCAAGCCUCUGCCUCAGAUCCUGCGCGAGAUGCCUCCUGCUCAAUUGGACAAGCUCCUUAAAUCAGUCAUGGCUAUUUUAGUUCAUCUGAAAUGGGAAACUGUAGAGGGGCUCAUUGAUUAUGUGAUGAAAGACAUUCCUCUCAAGAAAGCAAUCAUUGAUGAGUUAAAGCGCAGGGUGAAAACUUUAACCUGA